CUGCUGGGUACAGAGGAAAUCAGAAUGUACUAAAAAGGAGUUACUAACCUUGUGCUUCAGCCACUGGAAGGGCCUGUGGAUGUUUCUGGACCAGAACUCUUUCACCAGCAUCCACAUGUUGCUCCAAAAACUGAGGAACUUGCUCACUCUAGCCCAGUGAGCACGGGCAGAACUCAGUACAGACCACAUUUGGCAUGGAGUUGGGGUUCCGUGUGCGGUGUGCGAUGGCACAAAAGAGUUUUCAGAGAUAAAACACUGUUUCUGGGAUCAUGAACGUAGAGGUCUAAAGCAACACCUCUGGCUGGGGCAACUGGUUCAGUGGUGGGGCAUCAUGGGACUCCUGCCAAAGUACCCUGAUGCCAAUGAGGUGAAACAUCUCUCACAUGCGGAAGGAAAUGAAUCAGAGCUACUAGAAGGCUUAUUUUAAAGAACCUGGACUGGAAGAUGAAGGAAUGGAAAAAUGGAGCUCUUUCAUACAGGGUAUGGUGACUGAGCUGGAUAAGCAACAUGGCUGCACGUGGAUUUCUGAAGACUGCACGGUCCAACACUAUCCUCCUCCCAACCUGCAGGCACUGCUAAAGCUUGUGCUGGUGCCUCAUGUUGACACCGUAUUAGUCCAGGCAGUUCUCAUGUACUUUGUCCUGGACGUGGCAAAUUUUUUGCAGUGCAAAGUCGACCUCCUCCAGUCCUUCUGCAAUGCUUUCACAAUCCCUUCCAGUUUUUCCCAGCAAAUAAAGGCUACUGGAUGCUCGAUCAUGGACACAUCAAGGCCUCCUUGGAGCUUUUACUGAGCCUCAAAACUACUGUUCCCUGGUUGUCCUGGCAGCAUCGUUGCAUCCUUCAGUGUCUGCUGAGGAAGAAGCAGCCUCGUCUGGCCUCAAGGUAUCUCCACUGGACUAAACCUGCUCUAGAAAACCUUCAGGAUGUGAAGCUCUGCGCAGAAAUAACCCUUCAGAACAGCCAUGUGUCUGGAGCCUGGGCUCCACAGAGAGAAGCUCAUACAGAAAGUGACAACAUGGCCAUGCACGUCCUCCAGGAUGAAGGUGAUAAUUGUAGUAGGCCUCAAACUGUUCAACAUCCUACAGAGUCACAACUGCCACUGUCAUAUAAAGGCUGUUCAGACGGAAUCCCGCCGUGUCCGCUUUCAUCUCAGCUCUAUCAGGCUCAGAGAGUGAACAAAGUCUCCCCAGAGGAACUGGUCAGACUCCACAGAAAGGCUGUCAUGGAGGUCAGAAAACCACAUCCUCCUUUAAGAGACGUGGUGUGGCCAGAACUCACAGGGACAACAUCUGACAGCAAAGACAUGUUUCUGCCAGCCCACACUUCACACCAUCUCAUCUCCUCCCGGGUGGACAUACCUGGUGGAAGACAAACGGCACCUGCACAUCAGCCUGAACGUGAGACUUCUUCUGAGUCCCAACCUGCUUCCAUCUCCUCCUUCACCUUUUUCUCCUCACCUCUGCUAAAACACGUCAGUCCUUCUGCGUAUGAGAGAACUUUGACCCUGCAGAGGAUCUCUCCUCUUCUGGCUGAUGGAGAAAUCCAAAACAGAGAGCAAGAAGAUAAGGGCCGAACACCCUCAUCAACUGAUGCUACCACUUCUUCACUUUGGAAAGAAGAAAGUACGUCACCAAGGCAUGGUGGUGUCUCAGCUUCAGGAACAACUGUGGGAGAUACUCUAACUUUACACAAAAGGUUAAAUCUUCACCAUCAGUGCUGCAGUAAAGAGGACAUUCGAUCAGCGUCCACACGUUCUGAACACUUUCUGGCAGAGAACCAGAUUUUCCACUCAGCUGACUGUGGUAACUGUUGGAUUGGCAAAAAUGCAUCAAGAUAA